AUGUAUACUAAUAGAAGUUCACUUUUGCUUCUCGGGCUUACAAUAUCUCUAAUUCUUCUUUGGUGUACAGUUCAACCAUCAUAUGCUGACACAAGUGAAGAUGAAAAGCACCCUGUAGUUGAUAGUACUGCAGAAGAAAAUAAUGUUGAUGAUGAAUUGGAAGAUUUUGCUGAAUUUUACCGACGUGCAUCUUUACGUCCCUAUGGUCUACAGCAACGGGCAUCACUUCGACCAUACGCUGGAAAACGUGCAUCCCUUCGACCAUACGCUGGAAAACGUGCAUCACUUCGACCAUACGCUGGAAAACGUGCAUCAUUACGUCCGGCAAAUUAUAUGGGCAAAAGAUUACGGCGAAAUGUCUUAUCCUUUGAUGAAUACUGA